AUGGUCAGCAGCGCCUACUUCAUUGGUUUCUACAGCUCCAUCCUUUUCCUCACACUCAUGACAUUUGACCGAUACCUUGCAGUGGUGCAUGCAGUGGCAGCUUCCAAGAGCAGAAAGAGGAGCUAUGCCUUCAUUUCUUCUGCAGUGGUUUGGUGCAUCAGUAUUGUAGCCAGCAUGAAAGAGCUGGUUCUCCAGAAUGUGUGGAAGCCUCCACUCAACGGGCUGGUGUGUGAGGAGUCGGGAUACCCUGAAUUUACAAUGGCAUUCUGGCGUCUGGUCACUUACUAUCAACAAGUUUUGGUUUUCUUCCUCCUCCCUCUGCUCAUGGUGACUUAUUGCUACACUAGCAUCACUAUCCGCAUCCUAUCCACACGAAUGAAGGACAAAUUUCGUGCCAUCAAACUGAUAUUCGUCAUCAUUUUCACCUUCUUCAUCUGUUGGACCCCGUACAAUAUCGUCAUCCUCCUUCACGCCAUACAGAGCUCCAGUUCGGAGGUUGAUUGUGCAUACUCUGACAAGCUAGACUAUGCAUUGUUUGUGACCAGAAAUAUAGCCUACCUCUACUGUUGCAUUAGUCCAGUGUUUUACACAUUUGUGGGUAAAAAGUUCCAGAGUCACUUCAAAAGGCUACUUGUUAAGAAAAUCCCUUGUUUGGGGAGGCACAUAAGUCUUAACAGCCAAAGCACAAGAUCCACAUCACAGAACUGA